AUGACGGUGAAAAAGGGCAAUGUUCAACCUUUUUUCAAUGUACUGGGCAACAAAAUUGACACCGGUGCGCUGAGGCCCUUUCCCUCUCGUCCAAAAGUCUCACCCAGUAGCACUCGGCAGCAUCCCGGGCCUGCAAAAAUUGCUCCUAAUCCAUCCUUCGUACUUGAUGGGGUCUCCAGGUUUGACUUCGGUCAAGGACUACUUGGAAACUGCUGGUUUCUUGCGUCUAUCGGUGCUCUGACGUUCCAGCCUGAUAUCCUUGGGCAAGUUGUCCCUCUUGAACAAACAUUUGAUGAGAACUACUGCGGGCUCUUCCAUUUCAGGUUCUGGAGAUUUGGAAGGUGGGUGGAUGUCAUCAUUGAUGACAAGCUACCAACAAUCAAUGGGAGACUGAUCUUCGUUCACUCCAUUGACCAAAAUGAGUUCUGGCCUGCUUUGAUGGAGAAAGCAUAUGCCAAGGUGUGUGGUUCCUACGCGGACAUANNCGAGGCUUUGGUGGACUUCACUGGAGGUGUUCACAUGUGUAUCAAUCUGUCAGACCCUCCCCCAAACCUGUGGGAACUGAUGUGCAGAGCUGGCCAGUCCAAGUCUCUGAUGGGUUGUGGUACACCUCAAGGGUACAAGAAGCAGAAGGGAAAAUUCCCAGCCUCUUUCUUCAGCAGCCAAGCACCUGCCGCCCAAACUAAAACCUACAUGAAUGCACGUGAGGUGAUGGAGUUCACUUUGCUAAAGCCUGGUGAAUACCUGAUUGUGCCAUCCACCUUCAACGCCAAUGAGACAGCCUCCUUCAUCCUGACCAUCCACUCCAAAGCAGAGACCCAUGGCUAG